GCGGAGAGAACGAAGACUGGAAAGAAAUAGGAAAUCGUCGUGGCAUCUCUGUUUGCUUGCUCUGUGUCUUGGUGUGCAGUGCAUCAGAAUUCUUGAUUAGCUCGAACCCGGCGCAUGAACCUCUCCAGCCAGUCAGCAAGCCUAACUUUCCUCUCCGUAUUUAGCCCCUCAUCAUAUCAACCAUGCCGGGAUAUUCCUCGAGCCAGAAACAACUUAUAGCACAAUUCGUGGCGUUUUCAAGCGCAAAAGAGAGCGUUGCUGCAAAGUAUCUCAAAAAUAAUGGAUGGAAUGUUGAGAGGGCUGUAGAUGACUACUUUCAAAACAACGCAUCAGCCUCACAGGCGAUGGUGUCUGCUCUGAACAAGAUAUUUGAUAGUUAUCGAGAUUCUCCUGCUGAUAACCCUGAUGGCAUCGGAAUUGAAGGCGCAAUGAAAUAUUUAGGUGACAUAAAAGUGCAACUGGACGAAGUUGUCUGCCUGGCGAUAUCGGAACUCCUGCGCUCACCAUCAAUGGGUGAAUUUACACGCGAAAGCUUCAUCGAUGGGUGGAAGGACUCAGGCUCGGAUACCCUUGCAAAGCAAGCAUCCUUUGCCUCGAAUCUGCGCAAACGCAUCCGCAACGAACCCGAUCUGUUUAAACGCGUAUAUCGCUAUGCAUUUAUUCUCUGCCGCCUGCCUGGUCAGCGCCAUCUCACCCUGGAAAUUGCAACUGAACAGUGGCGUCUAUUCUUCACAGCAGACAACGGUGGCAUCUCGUGGAACACCUCAACCACACCAUGGCUGGACUGGUGGCUUGAGUUCGUCGAAGGCUCGUGGAAACGUCCCAUUAACAAGGAUCUCUGGGAGCAGACGGAGGUGUUGAUGCGAAAGACUCUAGAGGAUCCGAGUUUGAAAUGGUGGAGCCCGGAUGGGGCGUGGCCAGGUGCUGUGGAUGAUUUUAUAGUCUUUGCGAAGGGGAAAUUGGGACAAAACAGCUCCAGCGAGGCUAUGGAUGUUGAGUGAUAGAAGAUUCACGGAGGGGAUUUCAGGAGAACGAA